GUGAUGUAAACAAAUCGUGAAUCGUGUUUUGAAAGUGAUGAAAAUUCUUUAUUUUAACUACUUACGAUUGCUUACUUGGCUACAGAGAUGUGCAGUAAAUUAUUAAUGUUGUUUGUGUGCGUGUCUCUUGUAUCCGGACGAUCCCCUCAUGCCGAUUAUAUCGAUGAGUUGAUUAGAAGUGAGAGCUACAAUUAUAUAUUUCCAGACAACACGUUGGAGGAUGCGAAGUUAGAUGUGCCUGGUCUCAUCCGAAAAUAUAAAUAUCCAAUGGAAGUACACGAGGUGACAACAUCAGAUGGAUAUAUUCUGCAAAUGCACCGCAUUCCGCACGGCCGAGACCAGAACCAAGUUCCCGACCCAAAGCGACCCAUAGUUUUUCUGAUGCACGGGUUGUUAUGUUCUUCAGCUGAUUGGGUCAUGUCGGGGCCUGGCAGUGCCUUUGGUUACCUUCUCGCCGAGGAAGGAUACGAUGUAUGGAUGGGUAAUGCUCGCGGAAAUUAUUAUUCACGAAAACAUAUUAGUGUGAAUCCUGACGAUAUAGAUUUUUGGCAAUUUUCCUGGGACGAAAUUGGAGAUAUAGAUUUACCAACAAUGAUAGACUAUAUCUUAGAUCAUACGGAACGAGAGAAAAUUUACUACGUUGGCCAUUCUCAAGGAACGACAGUUUUCUUCGUAAUGUGCUCUCUCCACCCUGAGUAUAAUUAUAAGAUUAAGGCCAUGCAUGCGUUCUCUCCCAUUGCGUUUAUGGCGCAUAAUGAAAGUCCUUUAUUAAAAGCCAUGGCCUCGUUUGACAACAGUAUGAAGAUACUGUCGGCUCUUAUUGGCGUUGGAGAGGUAAUGUCUAAUAACUUAUUUCUGAAGUGGGCUGGAGAGUCGUUCUGUAAAGAUCAAGCUAUCACCCAGGCGAUCUGUAGCAACAUAUUGUUUUAUAUAGGUGGUUGGAGCGAUGAACAACUUAACACUACAAUGAUGCCAGUAUAUUUCGGUCACACUCCAGCCGGUUCGUCGGUUAGACAGUUCAUACAUUACGAACAAGGAUUUUUUACUAAAGAUUUCCGACGCUAUAACCACGGCCCAUUGAAGAACAUCGUGUUAUAUGGCACACGACUUCCGCCCAAAUACGAUUUAUCAAACAUCUUGGUCCCAGUAUUCCUGUAUUAUUCUAAUAUUGAUCCUUUGGCAGCGGUUCCAGAUGUCAAUCGUCUUUACAAGGAAUUGGGUAGCAAAAGUAAAAUGAUGAUACUUCUACCUUCGUUCAAUCAUUUUGAUUACGUGUGGGGAAUUAAUGCAAACACGUUAUUGUACGAUGUUGUUAUAAGGUUGAUGCGUUUCGUGGACGCUUAUGAUAAUUUCAUGCGUAAACCGUAUCUCACCGAAUAUUACAAAAUAUUAAUGGGAUAAAAGAACUUUGUGGAUAAGUGACGUAUUUACGAACAAAA